CCACCAUUUGUGUCAUGAAAUUUGUGGUUAACUAACAAAGUUAAGCUUUUUGUCAACUCCAGUGGUAUAUAUAAAAAAAAAACAAUUUUUAUGGAAAUAACGUGUUUCAUUUCUAAGUGUUCGGCAUAUAUGCCAAUCGUAAUAAGUGUAGAUCAAUAACAUUUAUUUUAACCUUAUUCCUCAUUGGUUUAAGUUACAACGCUAAGGUUAGUUUUUGUAUUUGUCCUUUAGAGUUAAAUCGAAUUUGUUUUUAAGAGAAAUUAAUAUAUGAAUUAUUAUGGAGGGGGGUGAAGAUGUACAUAACAACAAUGAAGAUAUUGACGAUUUUUACGUUGUUGACUCCUGGAGUGAAAAAUCUAGCCGCCCUGACAUCAAAUUUAACUCUGUUGGCAACAAUAUUCUUUCUGGGAAAGACAAAUUAUCAUGUAGGAAACCUACUGAAGAUGAGAAAGGCUCUCAGUGUACCAAUGGACCUUGUAAGUCUACAAUUAUGGAGAGUUCUUCACGUCAUCUAGGAGGCAGAAGUAGAAGUCCUUAUACAAACUCUGCAAGUAGACAUCAUCCAGUUAGGGAAAACAUGAGGUUUCCCCCACGAGAGGGUGGUAGAAACCAUUCUCAUAUUGACAGUUUGAGAAAUGAUAAAAAUUGUUUUCAAGAUAAAAGACAUUAUGAGGGUAUAAGAAGAAACAGGCGAUCCAGGUCUAGAAGUAGAGAAAGGAAAAACUAUCGAAGACGAUCCUAUGAGCGCAGAUCAAGCCUUAGUCUUUCACCUCCACCUAAAAGAGAAAGUGGAAAUCAGAGCAGCAUGGAACCAAGAUCAAUGCCAUCUUACUAUCAAAGUUCUGGUGCUCCGAUACCACCCGAUCCUUCAUUCAUGAAUCCUAACCCUAAUCCUAAUUUUGGAUUUUCCACUUCUGGACCAGUGCAGUAUCCUAUAAAUCCUGCCUCUUCUAACACAUCUUAUGGUAGAUACCCUGGUUACAAUGUUCCAGCAAACAAUUUAUUUAACAGUGACCCUACUCAACCUCAGUCUUUCCAACCUCAAAUGCCUCAAAAUUUUCCACAAAAUCAGUAUCCCAAUCCUCCUCAAAACUAUAAUUUAUACAAUCCUGUAAUGCAAAGUAAUCCUCCUAAUCCAGUUUCAUAUCCAGCUACUUGGAACCAGUCCUCUACUGGAUUCAAUCAAAACUAUUCAGUGCCUACAUUAUCCUCUACGGAUGCAGUAAUGUAUCCUCACUUGAAAAUUGGGCAGUCUCGGGUGGACCGUUUUAAAAAUAGCCACCGAGAAACACUGAAUAGUUCAUCUCCACUCAGGCAGAGUAGAAGCUCCUUGGAAAAAAGGAUGCAUUCUACAUCCCGAUCACCUGAACCCAGAAAGCACAAAAGGAAGGCUUCCAAAAGAUAUAGUAGAUCACCUUCUUUGGAUCGUAAGUUUGAUGAUAACAAUAAGAGAUAUGCAAGGCAUAGCAAAUCCCCAGUUAAGUCCUUCAGGUAUGAUUCAAAAAAUCCUAAAGUAAUCAUUGACCCUAGUCGAAUCCCUACUCCUCCUCCACCCCCAAUUGUGGGAAGUUACAAGAAUAAUAACUCAAUAAAGUCAAUUGAGCUGAGGGCGAAAAAUGUAGAUCGGAGGUCUGAUGUCAACCCUCUUUCAGAUUUUCUGAAUAAGGAAAACGUUAGCCUUAGCUGUUUACUUGAAGCAGUAAUGGAAACAUCGGGAUAUUUCAUUAACAGUCGAAGUGAUGGACUCCAUGUUAAUAGUUAAUUUGAAGAUAAGUAAAGGAUCAAGGCUUUAAAAAACAAAAAAAUCUAUUUUAUUUAUUUAUUAUUUAUAAACAAAGAAAUAUAUUUUAUUUCUUAUCUUAUAAUAAAAGUUCCUUUAAAUAUCUAGUAAAAUUAAAAUUUGAUUUAUUAUAGUAUAUAUUA